AUGAAGUGCCAUAUUGUCGUAUUUGGUUUGUCAUUCCUAUGGAAUCAUGUAUUUUCAGAAACUUGCACGACUCCACUUGGAGAAAGGAGUGAUUGUAUUUCCCUCUACAAAUGUAAUGAUUUGUUGGCUGCAUUUGAAGAGCGGCCUUUGAAAAAUGAAGUUAUUAGCUUUCUUAGGCAGUCUCAGUGCGGGUUUGAAGGAUAUGUGCCAAGAGUGUGCUGUGGGCCGUUGCCUACAGAGAGGUCAACAUCCAGGCCUAUCCCGUUGACAACACGAGCAACGUUAACAAACAUGAAAGUCGACCCAGUAUCGCCGGAAGACUCGUUACCAGCACCACAAGACAUAUGUGGCAUAGAUACAAAUGGAGAUCGAAUAUACGGUGGACAAUUUACAGACUUAGACGAAUUUCCAUGGAUGGCCUUACUAGGAUAUAAGACAAAGGAAAACAAAAUGACGUAUCAAUGUGGUGGAGUCCUGAUUAAUAAACGAUAUGUUCUGACUGCUGCUCAUUGUGUCGUUGGCGAAAUUGAACAAGCUGUUGGAAAACUGUCAUCUGCCCGAUUGGGUGAAUACGAUAUUCAAACAGAUAUAGAUUGUAUUGAUCGUGACUGUGCAGACCCUUAUCAAGAAAUUCCCGUAAUAUCGGCUCAUGCUCACCCUGGAUUCGUUGAUGGAAAGAAAAAUAGAGAGGAUGAUAUUGCUUUAGCGCGACUUGCCCAGCGAGUGAAAUAUACCUAUUACGUUCAGCCAAUCUGCUUAGUGGACAACAGCUUGCGUCUGGAUGUUGGCUCUGACGUAUUUGUGGCUGGCUGGGGGAAAACCUUAGCUGGAACUCGUAGCCCCGUAAAGUUGAAGCUUGGUAUGCCUAUAUUCAAUAAAGCUGAAUGUCUAAACAAAUAUAAAAAACUUGGUGCCAUUUUAACCGAUAAACAAAUAUGUGCGGGUGGCGCAUUUGCCGAAGAUGCAUGCAGAGGAGAUUCUGGCGGUCCACUAAUGAGGAAGAGGCCUAAUGGAGCUUGGGAAACAGUUGCCGUUGUUUCAUUUGGAUAUGGAUGUGGACGAGAAGGUUGGCCCGGGGUAUAUUCUUCUGUCGCCAGCUAUCUAGACUGGAUAAAAGAGACCAUGCGCUCCACCAACGUUUAG